AUGGAGGAGUGUAAGAAGAGAGUGCAUGGUACUAAAGUUUCAAAAAUAGCAAAUAUAUUCCAAGGAAUGCCGUCGAGGGAUGACGAAGACUUGCGCGGCGCCGAUGUCACGGUCGUGCGCACCGAGAGUCACUUGGCUAGAUUCAAUAACGCACGAGCGCUAUUCGAAAAGUUGGGUGAAGAGAAUCGAGGCUUCCGAAUCGAAAAAUCACCUUCUGCUGCAGCGAGCUUUGCGGGUACGCGCAGCGGCCACCCUCCGGUACCCACGCGGUCGCGCUCCAGCUCUGCAGGCUCAGUUAGUCCGCAAAGGGCCAGCGUCACUCCAACAAAUGCUCUUGCGCCGGCGCUUAACGGAGACAGACUCGCCAAUGGCGCCGGGCAACCGCCGCCAAAGCCCGUCAAACCUAGCGUUUUGCCCAAACCGGAGAAACCCGAUAGGCGAUUUAACAAGGAGCUCAUUGAAAAACAGAGAAAUUGGACUGCACAUUUCAAUAAACAGCGGCCGGUGCGGUACGAACACGAACAGAGGCCUGAGCAAAAAUAUGGUCCCGGACACGUUGACAGAAAAUCGCCAGAAGUCGCUGAGAGGUAUGUCGUCCCAUCUCGAGUAUAUUCACCGCCGCUGUCGCCCGGAGCUGGUGACUUGCAAGCAGAGCGACCUACGACUCUUCCUUCAUCGUUAGUUACUCGCGGUGUGCACGUAGCGAAGUCUCCUAGUCCUGUAAGAACCGUUGCUGCGGUGUCGCCUUCACCAAGGUCAAGUAAUACACUGUCUCCCACCGCAAGGACUUCACCAACGUUCAAAGCAGAGCGAGUUUCUCCGAGUAAAGAUGUUGUCCAAAAUAUUGGAAACAACGAAAGAUUAUGUGCCGGUAAUAGAUCGCCAGUAGUUAGUGACAUAGACAGUGAUACGGCUGAGUCAGAAUCGGCGAAUGUUAGUAACUCCGUACAAUAUCCAAAUGUGGCACCAAAACCUGUCGAAAGAAUAUUAGCCGCUCAGACUUCUCCUGUUUCACAUUCGACAUCGGAUCCGUUGGCCAAAAGGCCACCGCCUUCGCCUCCCAUACGAAUGCCAAGGUCUCCGCCACCUCCCAUACCUCAAGAGAAAAUCACACCUCCACGUGACAGCAUUCCUACUGAAGCGUUCACUGAAGACAGAGGUAUUGCUUUUCCCGAUAUUAUCGACGAUUUACGUGUGCAACCUGUACCACCGAGAAAUCGAAGAUCUCCUUCCAAAUCUCCCGUGCCCCGCCCCGCAUACAACGAUGUUUCCGCACCUACCUCUCCUCUACGACGAAGCGCAGAUAUCUGUGACAAUGCACGAAGAUCGCCAUCUAAGAGUGGGGAUUCCGAAGAUGAAAAUUACAUUGUUUUGCAAUACGGAUACGAUUCUAAUGAGAAGGGGAAGAGUAAACGGCGGUCAUCGACGCCCGAGUCGCCGGCGAGCGCCCUCCCGGAAGACGAUGCGUCCCGGUCGCCGCUGACGUCGCCCGCGGCAUCCCCGGUGCACGGUGUCCCCGUCACGCCGCCUCUCCUCGCUUCUCCAACACAUCCGGGCGGAGGUCGCAAGUCGUCGACGGAGGAGGGCGUGCGGCGCGCGUCCAGCGUGUCCGACGAGGGCGGGUUCAACGAGCCCUCGCCCGACGUCGCGGCGCUGCGACCCGCUGAACGCGCCCGCUCCGACCCUGACACCCUCUCCGUACUGCAGCAGGAUUCUGGUGUUGUGGUGAGCGAGGCGAGCCAGGGCUCCAUCGAGGUGCUCGACAAGUCGACCACCAGCCAAUGGAGCGUGUCGGAGGCGGAGGCGGAGGCGGAGGCGGAGGCGCCCUGCAGCGACGCGGCGCACGCGCACGACGCCGACGACAAGCAGCCCGACAGCAUGACGCCCGACGAGGCGGAGAUACUUCUCAGCUCCAGGCAAGAGGGCCUGCUGUCGGACGAGCAGGCGCAGGAGAUCGUCGCCAUGCUGUCGCCGCACGCCCCACACGCCCCUCACGCCCCGCACCCAACACUCCCCGCACGCCCCGCACGCCAACAAUGA